AUGAAGAUAGCAAUUGCAUGCAUACUCUUCUCCUUAGUGCUGGGUGCCAUCUUCACAGAUGCUGCUAGCCAACUGGGGAAGGCAGGUGGAUCCAGUAAAAAUCAGAAGCCAGGUACCUCAAACCAGAAAGUGAGACCAGGGGCUACUGCUGAUCAAGAAGAGGAGAAAAAUAUGGGUAAAUCUCCAGCUGGCAACAUAGUGGAGGUCCAAAAUGGCAACAAGAAGGCAUCAGAUGAACAAACCAACUGCCCAGAACUUUCUGACCCUGUCUGUGGCUCUGAUGGAAAAACCUAUAGUAACAUGUGUUUCUUUGGAGAAGCAAAUAAGAAAAGUAAUGGAAAACUAAGCGUGAAACACAAAGGAAAGUGCUGA